AUGUCAGCAACUCAGACAGUGACUGGCACCACCAGUGAUGUCGAUAAAUCCACCAAGUUCAAUCUUGGUCUUCCUUCAGAGCACAAGCCUCUGAGUGUGGCCGACCAAAACGAAAUCACAGGGACCGCAGAGUAUCCCCCAGCGCUAUAUCCCAAUUACUUGCCAGUUUGGGAAGUACCACAGGCAAAAUAUGCCCCAUUGGAACCAUUCGACUUCGUGGACCGGGCCAUUGCGGCUGACGACAAAUUUCCUGAUUUGCUCCCGCCUGGAACAAAGGUCAAGAAUCUCACAGCAGUACUGGGGGCAGAGGUGUCCGGUGUCCAACUCAGCAAGCUAAGCCCUCAGGGAAAGGACCAAUUGGCUCUUCUUGCGCAUCAGAAGAAGGUUCUGGUGUUUCCUGAUCAAGACUUUGCAUCUCUUCCUAUUGGCGAAGCCGUUGAUUACAUUCGUUACUAUGGUCGCUUGUUCUUGCAUUCGCAUUCCGGGGCUCCAAAGGGCCACCCGGAGAUUCAUAUUGUGCAUUCUCGAGCGGGAAACACGCUCGCUCCGGAGUUUUUUGACCUUCACACCCACUCAAUGGCCUGGCACAGUGACAACACGUUCGAAGUUCAACCCCCAGGGGUCACUUUCUUGUACUCCCUUGAAGUUCCAGCAGAAGGCGGAGACACUGUCUUUGCGGACAUGGAAAAGGCGUAUGAGCGUCUGAGUCCUGUUUUCCAGAAGAUUCUUGAGGGCCUGAAGGCUGUCCACACAUCUUGUGAUCAAGCUGCACGGGCUAUAGCUGGUGGUGGGUAUGUCCGUCGAGAGCCGAUCGAUACCAUCCAUCCAAUUGUUCGAACCAGUCCUUUAACGGGAAAAAAGGCACUUUUUGUCAACCCACAGUACGUAAGACAAGUGGUGGGUUUCAAGAAAGAAGAAAGUGAUCAUCUUUUGAAAUUUUUGUAUGAUCAUAUCACGAUGAGCCAUGACUUGCAAUGCAGAGUGAGAUGGGAAAACGGAACGGUCGUUAUAUUUGACGUGAGUCUUAUCAUCGCCAUUCCCAGGAAACGUCUAAUACUUCCCCAGAAUCGUAAUACUUGCCACUCUGGUAUCACAGACUGGAUGGAUGGCAGACGACGCCACAUUGCUCGUAUCAUGCCCAGUGCUGAGCGUCCAACCUGA